AUGCAUACCUCAUCCAUCCUCAUCCUGGCUACCUCCUCCCUCGCCCUCCUGGCAACCGCAGGGCCGACAGGCACCAAUCCUCCUACGGCCCCAACCUGCGGAACCUGUAACCCUCUCUCCGGUCAGAACAACUGCGACGUGACCACCUCGUGCAUCAACACUGGCACCCGGUUCCACUGCGCCUGCCGCGCCGGCUACAAGGCCUCGAAGAACAACAACGACAUCACCAAGCAGUUUCGCUUGAACAUGCCCAACUUUCACUUCCUGGUCUUCACCCCGGAGUUCACCAAAUGCGACACGCUGUGCGACAACCCCUUCGGAGCCAGCCCGCAGCUUUGCGCUGAGGUGCCCAUUCAGAACGCGUGCCCGGUUUAG